AUGUCGGAGGUCGGCUCGGAGCACACGGCGCCAACGCCCGUUUCGACGCGGACCGACGUGGAGGCGGCGGAGGGAAAAUCGAGAAAUUCGAUAAAAUGGAUGUUGCGGAGUCCGUUGUUCGGGGCCUUCGUCUUCCUGAUAAUACUAGCGCUCGGACUGCUCGUCGCCGUCAUUCUGAUGGCCACUCUCGGGCCGACGCCCCCGCAAACCGGACCGCGGCCCGAAGCGCUCCGAAUGAACCGAUCGACGGCAGUGCCGGCCGACGCAUCCACGAGUGGAACAACCCGAAAGGUGGCGGACACCACGACGACAACUGAAAAAAGAAGCACGGAGACUACGAGAACGGAGCGGAAAAGUACGGAGGCGCCGCGGAGGAAUGUCUGCGAAUCACCCGAAUGUCUCACUCUCGCACAUCAACUGGUCAGCUCGCUUUUUUUCAGAUUUUAAAGCAAAAAACAAGCAAAACUGGGCUGAUAAGCGGGUGAAUCCGUGCGAAAAUUAAAAAAUUCGUGAACAAGAAAUUUGCUCGUUAAGUAUCGUCCACUGGACGCAAUGUUCACUGCUACGACAAAUCGGACAAAAGCUUUUCCCAAACUGUUUCUUGUGUAGAACACGGAAAAAGAAACAGAAUACUUCAACAAAACUUCUUUGACAUUUAUCUAGAAAAAAAAAACAAUUGCAGCACAAUUGGGGCGAUAAAACGGUGGAUCCGUGCGAUAAUUUCUACGAGUACACGUGCGGACACUUUUCGGAACACACUGAUUCAGAAGGGUACAACAACGAAAAGUCGAAUAUUGUCAGAAAUUUGGUCAGAGGUAGACAAUUGGUUUUUAUUUUCAAUGUUCUACUCAAAAAUGUGCAGAUUUUAUCGUGAGAAGACGGUAUGCCAACUCGACAUCGAGAUCCGAAAUACUGAUGGGAUUGCUGUACGAGAAGUGUGAGGAACACAAAAAUAUUGAUGUAUGAUAUUCGAUUUUCGAGCCAAUUACAACAUUGACUUCAUUUUAGACCCACCGCGCACAGGUCAAAAAGUCGGCGGUUGAAAUUUUGGAAAAUAUUCGAAAAAUCGGAAAAUGGCCCAUGAUCGAGCCGAAUUGGACAGAUUCCAUGUUCGAUUUGAACGGUUUUUAGAUUACCUUUUUUCUAAUCCUUUAAAAAGUCUCUUUCCAGACAUGCUCUCCAAUAUGGCCGAAUUUCACAUGCGAGAACUCGGCCUCUUUUUUUUUUACGUGGGAUCUUCAAAUAAAUUGGAAAUUUACAGAGAUUUUUCUAUUCAAGACGAAUUUCCAGACGAUGAUACGACUGUUGUGGUGAGUGAGCUAGAUUUGAAGUGUCCGAAAAUUUGUUCACAUUUUCCAGACAAUCGGAGUUAUCUUGAAGUUGAAUAAAGUGAAAUUCAACACAACUGCCCUUUCAGCUGCUGUUAAAGAAGCUCGGAAAUUCCAAAAGGAAUUUGGCGAAGUUUGUGGAUUCUCUCCAAUUUAUCGAAUUUUCCGUCUUUUGCAGAUUCCCGAAGGGGAAAAUAUUGAUCUGAAAGAGUUUUCCGAGCUGAAAUCGCUGAAUCUGAGCGUGGAUUUUGAGCGAAUCGCCCAGAAAUUGAUGCAUCCGAAACAGGGAAAUUUGACGGAAUUGUGGAAAAAAAUGCUCUUUUACAACGAUUCAAUUUUCACGAACAAAACCAAUAAUGUGAGCAUUUUUGAACAUUUUUGAAUUAAAAAGAAAUUAUUAUCAACUUUUUCUGCAGCUCGGCAGCAUAAUCAACAAGACGUCUCCGAAAGUGUUGGCCAAUUUUUUGAUUCUCCGAUUAAUCGAUAAGAGCGUUUCUUCGAUUCUUCUCGACGAUGAAAGUAUAAAGAACAGCCAGUGUGCAGAGGUUAUUUCGAUGGGACCAACAUUUUCAGUGCCAAAACGAAAUAUUUCCAGUCGGCGAUGCACUUGCUGCCACGUGCCGCACUCCGAAUAUUCGUGCAGAACCACUUUAAGCGGGAGAACCGAGAGAAAAUGCGCAAAGUGGUGGACUCGAUCCGCAGCGCCUACUCGCGAAUGUUCAAUGCGUCGACGUGGCUCGACGAGAAGACGAGAGAGACGGCGGUCCGGAAGUUGGACAAUAUGGAGACGGUCGUCGGGUAUCCGGACGAGUUCGAGCCCAACGGCACGCUCGACAGACUCUUCGAAACGGUACGGCGCACACUUUCAAACAUACACUCAAACUCGUUUCCCUUCUCUGUCAGAUCGAUUUCAAUGCAAACGACACGUUCUACGGUUUGGUGCAAAAGGUGGAACGGUUCAGAACCGAACAGGCGAUGGACUUUUUGACGUCGGAUCAGCAUUCAAUGGUGGACGAGAUUUUGUUGACGACGAACGCAUUCUACAACAGACUUGGAAACUAUUUUGGUGAGUUCUGUCUCCUCUUGAAAGUCGCCUAACUGGUUUUUCUCUUGCAGCAAUUCUCGCCGGCUACAUGGACGAACCGUAUUUCGACUCGUCAUACCCCAAGUACGUCCCUCUCGCUUCCCCGGGAGUCGUAAUCAGCCACGAGUUGGGCCACGCUUUCGAUGCGGAAGGAAGACUAUUCGAUGAGAAUAAACUGAUGAGGGACUGGUGGACCAAGAACGAUACGGCCGAGUACGAUCGGAAAGCACAGUGCCUGGUGAAGCAGUACGACGAGUACGAUGACCCGGAUUACGGUAAAAAGGUACGGUCGCAGCCAGUCGGACAGCGCAAAUUCAUGGAGUUGUUUCAGUUGAACGGCACGAAAACGGUCAAUGAAAUGAUUGCGGACCACAUGGGAGUGGAAGCCACGUGGCGGGCCCUGAAAGCAGAGGACUUGACCGGAGAAGCGAGUCUGAUCGGAUUCGAGGGUGUUCCGUUCGAGCAGAUGUUCUUCAGAAUCACGGCAAUGGUGAGUUCGGCCGACAACACGCUUCAGCUGACUAUUCGAUGUGAUUUGCAGACAAGAUGUAAGGCGCCGAGCCGUAUGCCACUCGAACAGAAGCUCCGAGACGUGCAUCCGACUGCGAGUUUCCGUGUGAACGGCGUCGUUUCGAACAUGAAAUCGUUUGCGGAGACGUUCCGAUGCCCGCUCGGAUCGCCGAUGAACCCGGACAAAAAGUGCUCGUUUUUCGGGACAUAA